AUGAUAGACGAGGAGGUUCAAACAAGCAAAGCGGAUAUCAAAGAGGAAUAUCGAAAUGAUUCCGUUGUUACAAAACCAAAACGUAUCAAGACUACGCGCGCCUGUACUCAUUGCCACAAGGCUCAUAUGACCUGUGAUCCAGGUCGGCCUUGCAAAAAGUGUAUCAAGAGAAAGCUAGCAAGCACUUGCCAAGAUGCACCUAGAAAGAGAAAAAAAUACCUAGAAGAUGUACCAAACUCGAGUUUGUUAGUGAGGCGUGUGAAUAGCCAUGAUGCAAAUUAUUCAAGUGAUACACAAACUCCGCUAACAACCUCCUUCCCAAAUCAACUGCAACAAGCACAUCUACCUACUUUGCAAGCACAAACACUACCGCAAAACCGAAUAGCUCAAUUUGAACCUCAACGAUUACUACAUUCAACUGCAAGUCAAGUGCCUAAUCACAUAACGUAUGAAGCAACAUUGUUUCAACAUAGUUCAACAUCGCCAGAAUUAGCUCAGCCAUCGCAUAAUGGCUAUAGCCUUCCAGAUAUAUAUGUCCUGCGAUCUGUUCCUCCCAAUAUGCCCCCACCACGCCAAACGGAAAUUCACCAUCCGCACCAGCCCCAGCCCCAGCCCCAGCCCCAGCCCCAGUCUCAGUAUUCUCCUGUUCCCGGAAACUCGUCAAACUCGAAUGCUCAACUAUAUAUGAAUUAUUCAAAGAAGACGAAAUUCCUAUCAACGGCAGCAGAUUUGGAAUACUCAACGCUAUCAAAUAUAUUGCAAGAUGCCAUGGGAGGUCAUCACACUACAUCAAACGAAGGAACCCCAAAUUCUAAUAAAUUUUCCCCCGUGCUAUCGCCACCUAAUGCACCUUCAACUGUAGUAGGGGGAACUUCACAGCAUCAACUUCUUUCUUCAUCAGAAGCAAGUGAGGCAAGAAAAGACGAAACGCAUGACACUGGACAAGCCAAGAUGCACACGCCAUCUCCACUGGAUUUUGCAAGGACCAGCUUAUUUGACAAAUCUACUUUUCCCAUAUGUGAUGAAAGUAUCAACCAAUAUUUUAUUGGCCAUACUGGUACCGAUCAUCAAAUAACCUAUUUCCCUGAUGUAAUUGCCUAUAUCGAGCAAAUGAAAAGUAACGACUACGCCGUUUACAAAGAAAAAAACUCAAAACUGUUACUAUCUUUUUCAAUCACGGGACUGACUGAACAAACUACGCAUCAGCAUGGUACCUCUGGAGGUACUACUACUACUACGACCACGAAUGACACGACUACUCCCACCCUUUUCAAAGAGCCAGAAGAGAUAUACGCCAAAGUUCAAAUGCCAUUUUCGUAUACGCCCGGUUAUCAUUCAUUGAUUGCAUAUUUGAGAAAACGUUUCUCCAAACCGAUGCUUGUCAAAAUGGCCCAGUCGAUGGCGGUUUAUAGACCAUCCUUCAUCGCUUGUACAAAUUCACUAAAAGAGCAUGAUUUGAUUUUUAUGGAACAAUGCUUUCAGCGAACACUACUAACGUAUCAUAACUUUAUCAAAAUUAGUGGAACUCCUACAAUUGUUUGGAGACGAACAGGAGAAAUUGCAUAUGUCGGAGACGAAUUUUGUAUACUUACAGGUUGGACAAAAGAAGAGCUACUUGGUAGCGGUAAUAAUGGUAAGAAGAGGUUCAUUGUAGAGCUUUUGGACGACGAGUCAGUUAUUGAAUAUUUUCAAGUUUUUUCAAGAAUUGCUUUUGGAGAUUUUUUGGGUGCUACGAUAACUGAAUGUACAUUAUUGACGCCCAAGAGAGAUGUAAAAAUAAGAACAGGGUGUAUAGGUUUUCAGGUUUGUCGAUCCAGUACCAUGGCAAUUACUAUGGCAUUUUCUACGCCUAGUUCAAAGCUAACAUCAAGUUUGAUAACAUCUGUUUCAAUAGUAUGCUUAGGGUCUCUACAAUUUGGAUACCACAUGGCAGAGUUAAACUCUCCAGAAUUGGUAUUGUCAUGUAGAAGAUCACAACCGGGCUCAGUACCUUAUGAAGAGUCGUUUUUUGGAUCAAGGGGUUUCAAACAGUGUAUUCCAAUGAGUCCCGAUCAAAUUGGACUCGUCACUUCUAUUUUUUCGAUUGGUGGAUUGAUAGGUUCAUUCUAUGUGGGGUAUGUCGCAGAUAAAUACGGUAGGAAAAUUACCAGCUAUUUGCAUUGUGCUUUGUACAUAUUGGGGUCUUUACUAAAUGGCUUGAGCAAUGAGUACGUUACUUUACUAAUUGGCAGGUUCAUUUGUGGGUUGGGCGCUGGAAUGGCGUUGGUUAUCACUGCUUUAUAUAUAAAUGAAGUUGCUCCAACUGAUUCUAAAGGGUUGUUAGGAUCCAUGAAUCAAGUAAGUAUCAAUGUGGGAAUUUUAUUCACGCAAAUGCUUUCAUUGAAAUGGUCAAAUGAUAAUGAUUGGAGAUGGUUAUUGAUUACAGCAGCAAUCGUGGCUAUGAUUAAUGUGCUUGUGUUGAUUUUUUACGUCUACGAGUCCCCGUUGUGGUUAGCCAAUCAAGGAAAUCGUGAUCAAGCGUUUACUGUACUACAUAAAUUGAGAGCAGGAAGUUAUUCACAAGUCACGGAAGAGGUUAAUAGUUGGAAAGACGGACACGACGAAAGCCCCGGGACUAGUAGUGUAGUUGAGAGCAGUGACAUCGAAGAUAACCCAUUUGGACAAGCGCAAGCGCAGUCCCAACAACAACAACAACAAAAGGCAACAGUCGUCUCAUUGAAGGAGUACAUCACAUCUCCAGAAUUCAAAAACUCUCGUAUUGCAUCUACUGGAGUCUUAGUUUUACAACAAUUUGACGGAAUCAACUCAAUAAUCUUUUAUGGGGUUUCUGUAUUGAUAUCCAUCUUUCCAAACCACUCAAUAUUGAUCAAUUGUUUGAUAUCCUUGGUGAAUGUGGUAGUGACUUUUGCUUCUGCAAAUGUGGUGGAUAGGUUAGGAAGGAAGCCAUUGCUAUUAACAUCGGUUUCCUUCUUAGGCAUUGCCACGAUAUUGAUAGGAUUGGGUAUAAUCUGGACCAAUUCAGUACUCUCAAUAGUGGGUACGUUUACUUACAUAACAUUUUUUGCAAUCGGAUUAGGCCCGAUCCCAUUCCUUUUGGUUGGCGAAGUCACUCAGACUCGAGCCAAAGCAACAGCUCAAAGCUUUGGUGUGAGUUUGAACUGGGUCGCAACUUUUAUUGUUGGAUACCUGUUCCCUGUACUAUUACACUCAAUUGGCGGUUCAGUCUACUUCAUAUUUACCGCAAUGUGUAUUUUCAGUGUUUGGUUUAUAAAGAACUAUGUUCCAGAGACAAAAGGUUUAUCAACUUACGCCGAAGUAUGGGAAAGGCCCCAUCCAUAA